AUGGCUCGCCUAUACCAUCGUGCUCAGCUCGGCCUCCCGAUCAAGAGGGCGAUCUGCGCCCACCAUGUAGCUAACCCGCACCUGCGACACGUCGACCUUUCUCGCUGGUGCUUCACUCGAUUCGGUGUGCGUCCCGAUCGCAGCACUAUUGGGCGUGUGCUCAAGGGUGCCGACCGUUGGGUGCGACCUGAUGGGGACGACGACGUUAUCCGUGUGCGCGGAGGUGCUCACCCCGAGCUCGAGCGUGCGAUGGCCCGCUGGAUCUCCAAUGCGGGCCCGGCUGGCGUGCCUCUCACUCUCGCCACCAUCCGCGACCACGUGGCGAGAAUGGCGCGGGACAGUGGGCUGCCGCCGACUUUCCGCUGCUCCAUUGGAUGGGUUCGUUGCACAUUGCGCGGCCAGGGGGUCCGCUGCAUGAGCGCCGUCGGCGAGGCGGCCGACCAGGACAUGACGGCCGUCCGCACGACUAAGGAGAAACUGCCGCAGUUGUUGAUGCAUCUUUCUGUCACGCCGAGCGACACCUUCAAUUUCGAUGAGACCGCACUGUACCUGUCAACCCUGCCCCGUAAGACGUACGGCACCACACGCACGGCCGGCCGUAAGAUUGCCAAGGAGCGUUUGACGGUGGGAUUCCUCGUCAACGCCGACGGGUCCCGGGUCUUCAAGCCCUUGGUCAUUUCGAAGGCUAGGAGGCCCCACGACUUCCGGCCCGACUACAACCCCGAGGAGCUAUGUUUCUGGCGGAACAACGCCAAGGGUUGGAUGACGUCCUCGUUGUUCACUCACUACAUCGAGCAGCUUGACGCCACGAUGUACGCCGAGGGAAGGAAGAUCGUGGUGCUGCUCGAUAACGCUAGUAGCCACACGCUCACGACUGAAGGCGCCACGACGGAAGACAUGUUCGGGUUCCGCACGCGCGCCCUCGGGAACGUUCGCCUCGUGUACCUGCCGCCGAACACGACCUGCUUCACCCAGCCCCUUGACCAGGGCCUUAUCUCGAUGGCGAAGGCGCGGUACCGCCAGCACUGGCUCCGCGCAUUCACCAGCAUGUGGUGUGCCGACGGAGCCACGACCGCGGCCGCGCGUUUCAAGCCGAAUCCGCGGCUCGUGCUGGAGUGGCUCAGCGAUGCUUGGAUGAACAUCGGGCCCCGCGCCAUCCAGCGCUGCUGGUGGCGCACAGGAUGUUUGCCGCACGUCUGGGCCAUGUCUCUCCCUCACGUGGGAGUCGGCAACGGCACCACCGGCACCAACGGCGGCGCCACUGGCGCCGGGGGGAAUGCGGCCGACAUCGGCCUCGACGCCGAAGUGAAUGAUGUCGGCCUCCUCAUUGACCGACUGUGCCUCGGGCCGAGCGCCAUGGCCGCCGAUUUCGUGAACGUCGACGCCAACCAGCCCACGUGCGCCGAACCGGGUGAGGACCCGCUUGCGAUGGAGCCGGCGUCUGCUGCGACGCCCGAAAUGUGGGAGGCGCCAGCUAACAUGCAGGCUGUCUACGACGACAGCAACCCCGCGUCACGCGAAGCGCGGCGUACCGCGCGCGCGGCGUGCGAGAUGCUGAUUGGCUACGCGUGGGCAACGUGCGUCACCCCCCGCGACCUAUGCGCCCUGUUCGACAUUCGCAACCCAAUCAUCACUCCUCGUCGCCGCGGUCGUGUGCUGCCGGCGUGGAUGCAAGUGCCCACCCCUGACUGGGUGGCGCAGUCGGCCCGCCGCCAGGAGCUCAUCGAGGCGGGUGCACCAGCCGUGAUGAGCGGCUACCUGGCCGCCGCAGAAUGGAUGCGGCUGUGA